AUGCCAUUCAUAGACGAGGGCCGGUCGACUACACAACCAAUUAUCAUAUCGCGUGGUGAUUCAAAUAUUACAGACGAUACCCUUAGAAGUGUGGUAUCUAACGGAGAGGCAAGGAACGGCUCAAUACUAGGGGAUCGAACACCAAUACAUGGUAUUUGCCAUAACUCUAGUGGAUCACUUGUAUACAGUGAAAGUUUUACAGAAAGGGGAGAUAUCUUUCAGCCAUCAUCUUUUAGUGACACAGGCAAUUCCAGGUAUGGCUCUUCUGAGCUUGUUACUCGUUUGCAAUCUCCCCCACGAAAACAACAAGUGCAACAUGGAAAACAGGCUAAUUUAAGUAUUUCAGAUAGCAGAAAGUCACCUCACAUGCUUUUGCGACCUCAAAGGGAUUCGUGGUUGGUUGGGGAGAAGCAGAACACAAGUUCACAAAAGCCAGAGAAGGGACUUACAGACGACAUCACCUCUCAAAUAGAGUCUCAAGAUUCACCCCAAGUAAUAGAAUUCGUUCAUCCUGCAAGAAGGGAAGUUUAUACAGAUACCAAAGGUGAGCAUAUGGACAUCGCUAAGUUCCCCACAGACAAGCUUCUUGAAAUGCUCACAAGUCUUCUUUACAAGAUUAUAAAGUCUAACGAUCGCUUAAAAUCAUUCGAACAAGAAAAACACGAUAUAAACAGCAAAUAUGUCGCCCACGUUCUUAGUUUCCGUGGCAAACAUAUUCCAGCCAUCACACUAGGCGACUACUUUGCCCGAAUACAAAAAUACUGCCCCAUCACAAAUGACGUUUUUCUAUCCCUACUGGUGUAUUUUGAUAGAAUCGCCAAGAGAUGUAAUGCAAUGGAUCCCCAACUAUUUGUUAUGGACUCAUACAAUAUCCAUCGGCUGAUCAUCGCAGCUGUUACCGUCAGUACAAAGUUUUUCAGUGACUUCUUCUACAGCAAUUCUCGCUACGCCCGUGUCGGAGGUAUCUCCCUCCACGAGCUCAAUCGCCUCGAGCUUCAGUUCUCAAUUCUUUGCGACUUUGAGCUUAUCGUUUCCGUUCAAGAACUCCAGCGCUACGCCGAUCUCCUGUACAAAUUCUGGAACAGGGAGCAUCUGAACCACAGCCCGGCCACAGAGCCGUCUACCGUGGAGUCCUCGUCCGCUGCAGUUUCAAUAUAA